UGGAGGCGAUCGCAAGCGUAAUGUACCCGAUCUGUUUUUACUGUAAGUGGCAUUGAGGGCAAUGAGGAGGGUAGAGGAAAUUGAUGCUGCUGUGAUUGAGUUCUCCAAACAUAAGAAAUUGAAAGAGACAGACAGUGUGGUGGUGGUGAUCAUGUCUCAUGGGAAACUGGGAGCUGUCCUCGGUGUUAAGUGGAAAAAAGACAAACCUGAUGAGUUUUGCAUCAACAACAUUUACCAUCACUUGGGUCCAGAGAGAUGUCCCGCGCUGCUGGACAAACCCAAGAUCAUCCUCAUCCAGGCCUGCAGAGGAGAAAAGAGAGGAUCAGUGCUGGUUAAAGACGGUUUGUCCUGUGACGAUGCCUCACAUAAUACUGGCCAUGAAGAAUUUGAGGAGGAUGGUGUGCGAUAUGUAAACAAAGGAAAAUAUGUCCUUGCUCUUCUGUCCUGCACUCCCGAUACUGUCUCAUACAGACAAACAGAUUGUGGGUCUCUUCUCAUCCAGUAUUUUGUGGAGGUAUUGAACACCUCUGCACACAUGGAUGACAUUGAAGAACUUUUCAGAAAAUUUGAAACAUACAGGUCAUGCAACGUUUCGAGGACUUUUCCGUGAACAACAAAAGACAGAUGCCGACCAAAGACAGAGUCACUCUGACAAGGCGCUUCUACUUCUUUCCAGGCAUCUGAGGCCGGAUUUACUGUCGUUUCCCUGUUGUGCCUGGUAGCCACAUUAUAUGCAUGCAAUAGAGUUAAUCAAAUUAAAUAGAAACAUUCUUAUGGAUGAAUUACUGAAUGGGCCUAACAAGUACAGGGCAAAGGGUUAAAGGGGCAGGGCAAAACAGACUGCUAAGAGACGCAUGGCAAAUGAAGAGAUGUAAACUGACUUUCUUUUACUAAAGGUAAAAGGCUCUUUUAAAGUAGGGCCUUUUACAUGUCUGUGUCCUGGGGCAUUUCGUCUAAUUGUUAAUAUUUGAUGAAAUCUUAUCAUUUAUCAAUAUCAUAAUUUAUACUUUUAUAUAAUUGGUUGUGUGAAAGCCUUUUAAUGAAAGGGACACAAGUGGUGGCAUUUAUUAACCAUGCAGGGACUAUUUUAGGGACUUAAGGUGCAUAAUUAAUCUCACUUAAGCCUUUUUUUGGAACAUAGGUACAAUAUUCAUAUGGAAUGGGUAUUUACUUUUUAUGGUUUGUAUUAAUUUUGUCUAUGUUUUAAAAUACAAAUAAACUCUACUAUCUCUAAAUUGUGUCCUUACUUGAGUAGGACAUCAACAUUCAGCACAAACAUGGUUUUCUUUAACAAACAGGUUGGGAAUGUCUGCGGUUGUGGGUCACACAAUGUGAAUAAACCUAAACAAAGUAAAGCCCUGGGCUUUUGGCUACAUGAACAUGUAGCCAAAAGCAUUUAACAUGGUCAAAUAACAACAUAAAGUUCAGACUUAGUCAUGUCUUUAUUCAAACUAAACCCCAUUAAUGUAAAUAAAGUGAAAUGGGAAUUUUCAGCCUAUAUUUCCCAGUUAACCUUCUUAGUAAAAAAAAAAAGCCAUCUUGAUGUAACAGAAUUGACCCACAGGAAAUACCCCAUCUUUUGAAUUCAGAAAUAUAUACAUCUCUCAACAUUUUUGAUGACCCUUGAACCACGCCCAGUGCUUGCACUCAGCUGAUUGUUCAUAAAACAUAAAACUAUCUUGCAGAUUUCAAACUAUAGCAUUUUUUAAAAAAUCAGUAGGACACACCCUUUCUGGCAGGGAUAUUCAACACGUUUUAAAUGCCACACAACAUUACAUUCUUCUCUCCACACAUUGACCUAGAUGUUAAUGUAUUGUAGAGCAAACUGAACAUUUUAAACUGUAUUAUGUCUACAACUAUCCAAUGACGACUGGAUCGCAGUUGUGGGUUGAGCCACACAUUGUACAACUGCAGCAGUAAUAAAACUCAGUCCUGUGCAGAACUGAUCAUGCAAAGUAGGGAAACGUCUCUUCUCCACACGCACCUCCCUGUACACAGGCUGUGGAAACUGUGGAGCGCAUAACGUGUAACUUGCCGUGUGUUACGACCAUUUUGAGAAA